AUGGACGACCAUGAUAAAACCUCAUUAUCAUCAGCUACACUUUGUACUCUCCCAUAUCUUCUGUUUUGCCUCAUUUGUAGUGUUACCCUUAUUCCCACUGCCUCUAUUUCAGCUACUCUCUACUCAAAUGAAACUGAUAGAAUUUCCCUUUUAGAUUUUAAACACCGGAUUUCUUAUGAUCCGCAUGGAGUAUUACUUAACUCCUGGAAUGACUCCGUGCAUCACUGUGAUUGGCCCGGAGUGAGUUGCGGUCGUCUACACCGACGAGACGAGUUGUGGCUUUGGAGCUUCCUGGGAAGGGGUUGGUGGGAACCAUAUCGAUCUCAUCGCAUUGGAAAUCUCACAUUCCUCAGGAAUGUUGAUCUUUAUGGCAAUGGAUUGCAUGGUCAAAUUCCAGGAGAGAUUGGUGGACUCAAAUAUCUGGGCUUGUCUACCAAUUCAUUCAGUGGAGAACUUGUGGCAGUUAAUCUCAGCAGCUGUGUACAACUCAGGGAACUCUACUUGGACCGAAAUGGUUUCCAAGGGAAGCUCCCUGCGGGCCUAGCAGCUACUUUGAGGAAGCUACAAAUCCUUUCUCUGGGCAGAAACCAAUUGACAGGUGAAAUUCCUGCUGCUUUUGGGAAUUUUUCAUUGCUUCAAGCAUUGGGGUUGGAGUAUAAUCAUUUGGAGGGAAGUGUUCCAAAUCAGAUUUCACAGUGUUGGGGUUUAAAUAAGCUUUCACUUGGCGCCAACAAUCUCACCGGCACACUGUCUUCUGCUUUCUUCAAUAUCACUCCAAUUACAUUAUUUUCAGUAGCAGGAAACAAACUUCAAGGCACCAUUCCAAGCCACGUAGGAGACACCAUGCCCAACUUGGAAGAAUUCUAUGUUGGUGGCAAUGAAUUCCAUGGAUCCAUCCCUACUUCACUUCCCAAUGCCUCUAAGCUUCAACAUAUUGAGGUAUCUUUAAACAAUUUUGUGGGUAAAGUUCCAGAGAAUAUAGGAAAGUUAAAAGAUCUUCUGUUUUUUAACCUUGAGCUCAAUCUUCUUGGUAGCAAUGACCAACUGGCUUUUAUAACCUCUUUGUCAAAUUGUAGCAAUUUGGAAAUGCUUUCCAUUUGUGGCAAUAGAUUUGAAGGCAAAUUGCCAAAAACCAUAGCUAACCUAUCACCCAAACUCACUUAUUUACAUCUAGGGAAUAAUAAGUUAUUUGGAACAAUACCCAUAGGAACAAAAAAUCUAACUAGUUUGAUCUUUUUAGGCCUAGGAAACAACCAAUUAUCAGGUAUUAUUCCUAGUGAGAUAGGUGACUUGCAAACACUACAACAUUUGGGUUUAUACCGAAACCAAUUCUCUGGAAAAAUACCACUUACUCUUUUUAACCUCACUUCAUUAUUUUCACUUUAUCUGAGUUUCAAUAGUUUUGAUGGCAAUAUACCUCCAAAUGUGGGUAACUUGAAGAAUUUGAAUGAAUUGUCCUUGUCAAAAAACAGAUUCAGUGGUUCCAUUCCUCAACAAGUUUUUGAUUUGCCAUCUUUGUCUAUCUUCCUUGAUCUCUCCUACAAUUUAUUCACUGGGCCAUUACCUCCGACCAUGAGCAAAUUAAAAACACUAAAUUGGUUACACAUCUCAGAAAACAAGUUAUCUGGCAAAAUUCCUGAAUCAAUUGGUGAUUGCUUGAGCCUCGAAGAACUUGAUAUGCAUGCUAAUGGCUUUGAAGGAAAAAUCCCACCUUCUUUGGUUUCCCUAAAAAGCCUUGUAAGGUGA